AUGACCGCCGUCGACUUGCACCAGAGCAAGACAGUCUAUAGCCACAUCAGCGGCUACAUUCGACGAGGCGGUAUCACCGCCAUCCUUGGAGCCUCCAGCUCCGGCAAAUCCGUUUUGCUCAAGGCCUUGGCUGGUCGGGGUCAUGAGAUGCCCGACCUUGAGCUGCGCGGUACCAUGGUCCUCGACAAUAAAAGCACACCCCUCAACGACUUUCACAAGCCUGCGGUUUUUGUACCACAACACGACGAUGGUCUGAUCGGUGUCAUGACACCGCGCGAAAUGUUCACCUUUGCCGCCAAAAUGAAGAACAACCUCGACGACACCGAAGUGACCAAGCUGGUCGAUGACACCCUCGAUCGUGUCGGCUUGGCACACGUGGCUGACCAACAAGCCGGUACCAUUUAUCGCCGAGGCCUCUCCGGUGGGCAAAAGCGCCGCUGCUCCGUUGGCAUCGAGCUCGUUUCAAGCCCGAAGUUGCUCUGCCUCGAUGAGCCUACUUCGGGCCUUGACACGUCCUCGGCCAUCGACCUGAUCCGCACCAUCCGCGAGCUCGUCACGGCCUCUGAUGGAAGCAUGGGGGCUGUUCUUUCCAUCCACCAGCCCAACAACGAGAUCCUCUCUUACUUUGACGAUAUUAUUAUCAUGGCCGAUGAAGGUUGCGCUUUCUGCGGGCCCGUUGAAGAUGCCGUCCGCUACUUUACCAGCAUUGGCCAUCCCCUGCCCGUCGGGACCACUCCGACAGACUUUUUUCUUCAGGUCGAUACCAGCAACCAUUGUUUGAAUGCUGAUGUCUCGUGGGCAAGCCUGUUUACGGCGUAUCACGGCACCGACGCUGGGGCACCAGUGCCUGCGCACCCACAAGUGGCACCCAAAGCUGUGGUUGCUUCUGAAGGCUCCCGUUACCUGACACUGACGAACCAUUUUCUGACCUACUAUUGGCGCGAGCGUUCCGUGUAUCAGAUGCGCAUCCUGCUCUACGCUAUCAUGGCCAUCUUCCUGGGUACUUUGUAUUUGCGUAUCGGCGAAUCCACCAACAACGUGCCUGAAAUUGCGGGUGCAGCCUUCUUCAGCAUCUAUGUAAUUCUCUUCUUCUCCGUGGCCAACGUGGCCGUGCACAGUUUUGAUCGCUUUGUGAUGGUCAACGGUUAUGCCAGCAAUCAAUUUGCACUGAGUACCUGGAGCUUGGCCCAGUUUACGGCGGCUCUGCCAUACACAUUGGCAGGAGCGUUGGUGUAUCAGUUGAUCUUUCACUGGUUGGCCGGUCUCAACGACUCGUUUGCUUCCUUUAUCUACCAAGUGCUCCUGGCAAUGGUGCUGCAAUGGGUCAUGGAAGCCAUUGAUUGGGCAGUGAUUGAAACCAUGCAGAAUGCCAUGCUCUCCGUCACCAUGAGCAUGGUUCAACUUGGCAGUCUUUUCCUGUACUCGGGCUUCUUCAUUCGGGUUCGUAGAUCCUGGGUCUUGCUCAUCUGGUUGUGUCUAUUCUUCCAUCACAUUCACCUGGCGUGCAGCACUCACUUUGGCAUCGCCGUUGCGUCUCUGGCGUCUGCCGUUUGCUAG